UUGCCUAGGUUUUUUUCAUGCUUAGCAAGAGGCUUUUCCUGUCCGUGCCAUUUUUCCCGCCCAAAAGGCCCUUCCCCACUCGGCGCAGUAGGGCUCGAGUCCUUUUGACUUCUCCAGCGCGCCGUCGCCAGAGAAGUUGGGGGUGGGGGGUGGAGUCGGCCUUGCCCCGCUCAUCCCCCUCAGGACGUCUGACGGUGCCCGCUGCCAUGGCGACGCUGCUGCGCUCGGUCGUGCGCCCGCUCUGCGCCUUCCGCGGCAGCCCAGGUCCUCCUGCAGGUGUUCCCCUCAGAGCCGUGAGCCAUGGCGCCGGCCUGCUCUACCCCGAACACAUCCCCACCUCCCUGCUGCAGAAGGUGCUGCUGGCCGCCGGCUCUGCCGGGAUGGCGCUCUACAAUCCCUAUCGCCACGACAUGGUUGCAGUUCUGGGAGAGACCACAGGACACCGUGCCCUGAAGGUCCUCAGGGACCAGAUGAAGAGGGAUCCAGAGGGCGCCCAGAUCCUGCAGGAGCGUCCCCGGAUCUCGCUGUCCACCCUCGACAUGGGCAAGCUCCGCAGUCUGCCCGAGGGCUCCUUUGGCUGCGCCUAUCUCCAUUUUCUGGAUGUGAAUGAGACCUGGGUUCGAUCCCUAGAUCUGAAAGAUUCCCCUGGAGAAGGAAAUGGCAACCCACUCCGGUAUUCUUGGCCUGGAAAAUCCGAUGGAUGGAGAAGCCUUGCAGGCUACAGGCCAUGGGGUCGCAAAGAGUCAGACACGACUGAGCGAUUUCACUCUCAUGAUCAUCAGAAGGUCUCCCCAGACACCCGCGCACCCACCCGCUUCGUGGACGACGAGGAGCUGGCAUACGUGAUCCAACGGUAUCGGGAGAUCCAUGACAUGCUCCACACCCUGCUGGGCAUGCCCACCAACAUCCUGGGGGAGAUCGUGGUGAAAUGGUUUGAGGCUGUCCAGACCGGCCUGCCCAUGUGCAUCCUGAGUGCACUCUUCGGACCGAUCCAACUCAGCGCCCAGAACCUGCAAUUGCUGAUCUCGGAGCUGAUCCCAUGGGCAGUUGAGAAUGGCCACAGAGCCCCGUGUGUCCUCAGCGUGUACUACGAGCGGCGCUGGGAACAGCCCCUGCAGGCUCUGCGGCAGGAGCUGGGCAUCACGGAGCCGCCCCUGCGUGUGGAGGGCCUGGUGUAGACCCGGAGCGCCUGAGGCCCCACCCCACCCCACCCCACCCCCUACUUCCCCCAGGGGUGGAGCACGUCUGUGCCAGCACCCAGGUUCCUCCUCUGUGAACUCUGACCCUUGGACGUCGCUCAUCAUGAUUUAUCAGAGGGAGCAGCCAGUGGAGCUCCUGGGGGAGCCAGAAGUGAACCCCGAGUGCUCAGGGAUUGCUCAAGUCCACAACCCAUGUGCCUGACCCCUCCCUGCCUGCCAGCGUUCUCUGGGUGCCAGCCUGGGGGAGUCUUCACAGGGGGAAUGGCUGCCCUUGAUUCCCAAGGCCUGAGGAAGAGGGAGGCAGAGAGGGAGGCGGGUCUCUGCUGUCUGAAUAAAGGCUCCCAUCAGGUCCCAA